AUGCAGCAGCUUCAUUCUCUGCUACGGUUGACUGACACUAUCAAGACAGGUGAACCCUCUUCCGUCGAGCUUGAAUCCAGACCACCAGCCAGAUCCAAGUCCUACCAGCAGUGGCUACUGCCAAUUGCAGUCCAAGUCGUCAUUCAGCUCCUUUUCAUCGUCACAUUCUGCAGCCUUCUCGUCCCUUACAUGAAAUACGCUGGAGCAAAGAAAGCCGCCCGGCAUGAGAUCUGCAAGAAAGAUGCACGAACUCUGUACGAGAAAAACCUCGCUCAGUGCGAUGUCAAGACUGCUAUAAGCCUGCGUGGCGGGGCUCUGGGAUUGAAUUGGUUGGAAGUGGGUAUGGUGACUGCAACCGCGGUAGCGUGGUAUUAUGCGACGUGGAUGGCCCAGGGGUGGUUGGCUGUGAGGAUCCCAUUUCUGAAGAAGGGUCAGGAGAAGUAG